UUUAAACUUUCACGAGAAGUAAGCGACAAAUCAGUGGCAAUGAUCGCCGUGCUAUUGGGCAUAGCAUUAUGUUCACUUUUGAUCUGGCUCCUGAUUUGUAACCUUCCGAAGCAGCUGAAAGACCUACGUACCGAAGUAAUUCUAGUCACGGGCGCAGGCAGUGGUCUGGGCAGGCUUCUUUCGGUCGAACUCUCAAAACACUGCGACAACAUAAUCGGAUGGGACAAGAAUUUGGACAGUCUGAAGGAGACCGCGGAACUGGUGUUUCAAGCCAGUAAGCAUGUUGAUUCAAGAAAUUUUCGCAGCUCCUCUGAAGAUAUUCGUGAAUGUGCAUCCAAACUCCACAUGACUUGUGGCCGAGCGACGAUAGUGAUUAGCAAUGCUGGGAUUGUAAAUGGAAAAUACCUGUUGGAUCUGACUGGAGAGGAUGCUGAACGUGUCUUUAAAGUCAACUUCUUUGCUGCCUUCUAUGCAAGUUUUGGAGAUAUAAUUUAA